AUGCGGAUCCUCAAGCUGGGCCUGGAUGCGGCUGGCAAGACAAUCAUCCUGUACAAGUUGAAGCUCAGCCAGUUGGUGACCACCAUCCCCACUGUGGGUUUCAACGUGGAGACAGUGACUUACAAAAACGUCAAGUUCAACGUAUGGGAUGUGGGCGGCCUGGACAAGAUCUGGCCACUCUGGCGGCAUUACUACACUGGGACCCAGGGUCUGGUCUUCGUAGUGGACUGCGCCGACCGUGACUGCAUUGACGAGGCCCGCCAGGAGCUGCACUGCAUUAUCAAUGACCGGGAGAUGAGGGACGCUAUAAUCCUCAUCUUUGCCAACAAGAAACCCCACGAGAUCCAGGAGAAACUGGGCCUGACCUGGAUUAGGGACAGGAACUGGUAUGUGCAGCCCUCCUGUGCCACCUUGGGGGACAGACUCUAG